UUGAUGCUGCUACACUCUGAGAGGCGUUGCUGUAAUGUAGUCACUCGGUAAACUUAUUUGUCGUUAUAUCAACUGAAUUUUAAUAAUUUCCAAAGAUUGUUGAAAGCAAUUAGUGCACCAUUUUAGCUUUUGGAGUAUUUUGGACUUUUUUUUUUUUUUUUUUUUUUUAAUUUUAUGUUUUACUGCUUGCUUCCUGGUUGUGAAGAAGCCAAAGACGUGAUCUUUCUUGUCACUGCGCUGCAUCUCACUGUUCAGAAAGUGGGCUCCCGAAUCGAGUGGAACAACUCUCACCGCUGGACAGGGAUUGGAACGGACAGAAAAAGGAUGCACUCCCUGUAUGACGCAUAACUGAGGAGACGUGCGCUUUGGAACCUUCUAUAGCUGCUGAACACCAUUUCUCAAAUGUUUUUUUAAGCUCUAGUGAGCAGAAAGUCUUUCACCAACAGCUAUGAACAGUGACAACAGGAAUGUCACAAUGCCUCAGAAAGUUUCCUCUCCUUCAAGAAGCAACAGCAGCUGCUCUUCUAAACAAGAAAGCCGCCAGGACAGCUGGGAGAUUGUGGAAGGCCUGCGUGGGGGUGGAGGUAAUAUCCAGGAGCCGCAGAAACAGAAAGGCUUCCUCCUAAAGAGAAGAAAAUGGCCCUUGAAAGGAUGGCAUAAGAGAUACUUCUUUUUAGAAAAAGGCAUCCUGAAGUAUGCCAAAUCUGAAGCUGACAUUGACAAGGGAAAGUUACAUGGUUGCAUUGAUGUCGGCUUGUCUGUCAUGGCAAUAAAAGAAAAGGCUAAAUGCAUAGAUUUGGAUGCAGAGGAACAUAUAUACCACCUUAAGAUAAAAUCCCAGGAACUUUUUGAUGAAUGGGUUUCCAAACUUCGCCAUCACAGACUGUACCGGCAGAAUGAAAUCACAAUGUUUCCCCUUGACAAAAACAACCACUUCUUUUCACACUUCCCCCCUGAUGAGCCUCCUAACCCAUCCAAUUCUUCCUCUUCUUCCUUGAGAAAGAGAGCCACUAUUGCCAAACAAGCCUCCAUCCACACUGGAGGCAACUUCCCAUUAUCCUUCAACAGCAGCCAAGGCAAAGUGUCCGCUUGCUUGCAGUCCUCUGAAGAUAUGGACAAGUGCUCCACAGAGCUUACCUUGUGUCAGUCCCAUUUAUUGGAGCUCAGCCACCUGUUGCAAAGCAUGGAAGUUCUCCACAGAACACACUCUGCACCAGCUAUCAGUGUCCUUCAGGCUUCUACCUUUGAAAGCCCCAAAAAGGAAAAAAGAACUCAGAAAAGGUGGCGUACCAAGGGUUAUGGCAAAGAUGCUAAAACAACAUUACAGGUCCCCAGCUGCACAUCACCUGGUUCGAUAAGGCUGCAUGCCUCCAAUCCCAAUCUGUCUACUGUAGGUCAUUCGAAUGACAAAAGCUAUUCUGAAAACACAGUCUCCCCUUCAGAUCCUUCUAAACUCCUGGAGGACUUCUAUCACGUGGCAAACAACUUGCAUUCCACCUUAAAAUCAGCCUUCAGUAUAAUAACCACCGAGCGAGGAAAGCUGAAACAGACGUUGGAUUGUGAAGCAGGCCAGCCACCAUCCACACAGAUGGUUGGUCUGAAGAAUAGCCUGGCAUCUAUGAUAGCCCAAAACACAGAGCUGAUGGGCCGGCUGUGCAGGAUUCACAUAGAGUCCAGGAUAUUAGACUCUGCUGGCAAUAAAAACACAAGUUCUGGUCCAGUGCAGGACCCAAUUGAUGGCUGCAGGCCUCUAGAGCACCAGGUCUCCAGUGAAAGCAAGAAUUCUAUUACUGAGUCCCUCUCGGAGUUCUUCGAUGCGCAGGAAGUGCUGCUGUCUGCAAGUUCUUCUGAAAAUGAGGCUUCAGAUGAUGAGUCAUACAUCAGUGACAUAAGCGACAACAUUUCAGUGGACAACUUGAGCAACGAUGUUGAAAGCUGUGUUCAGAAUGGAUCCCCUCAGCAGUUACGGAGGCGCUUCUGCUUGCCUGCUCCAGGCCCCGACACCAGCAAUAUCAGCCUGUGGAACAUCCUGAGGAACAACAUUGGAAAAGACCUGUCCAAGGUGGCCAUGCCUGUGCAGCUGAACGAACCGCUGAACACCUUGCAGCGUCUGUGUGAGGAGCUGGAGUACAGCGAGCUGCUGGACAUGGCUGCGGAGACACAGGAUCCAUUCCAGCGCAUGGUGUAUAUAGCUACCUUUGCAAUAUCAGCCUAUGCCUCCAGUUACUACCGAGCUGGGAGUAAACCAUUUAACCCUGUGCUUGGAGAGACGUAUGAAUGUGAAAGGGAAGAUAAAGGCUUCAGAUUCAUUGCAGAACAGGUUAGCCAUCACCCACCAAUAUCUGCUUGCCACACUGAAUCGGAAAACUUUGUCUUUUGGCAAGAUAUGAGGUGGAAAAAUAAAUUUUGGGGAAAGUCCAUGGAAAUCGUUCCAGUUGGAACAACACAUGUGAUGCUGCCCAAGUUUGGAGACCACUAUGAGUGGAAUAAGAUCACAUCCUGUAUACACAACAUCCUGAGUGGUCAGAGGUGGAUAGAGCACUAUGGAGAGAUUUCUAUUAAAAAUUCAAACAGUGAUGUCUGUCAAUGCAAAGUGACAUUUAUCAAGGCAAAAUACUGGAACUCCGAUGUGAAUGGAGUUGAAGGGACAAUAACGGAUCGCAGUGGGAAAGUAGUGCAGCGACUGUUUGGAAAAUGGCACGAAGGAGUCUAUUGUGGGGUGCCACCUUCAGCAAAUUGUGUUUGGAGACCAGAUCCCAUGCCUAACAAUUUUGAACAGUACUAUGGAUUCACCAAGUUUGCACUAGAGUUAAAUGAACUGGACCCUGCAACAAAGCUGCUGCUGCCACCAACUGACACCAGAUUCAGGCAAGACCAAAGGCUACUUGAGGAAGGGAAUGUAGAAUUAGCAGAAGAGCAGAAACAAAGAAUUGAACAACUUCAGAGAGAGCGGAGGAGAGUUUUGGAGGAAAACAAUAUGUCACAUCAGCCUCGUUUCUUCAGAAAAUCAAGCGAAGAUACUUGGGUCAGCAAACAAACAUACUGGGAUCUGAGAAAAGACCCUGGCUUUGCCAAUCUUGACAACCCAGUACUUUGGUGACUCGGACAUUACGAAGAUCUGCAUAUCAUUCCCAAGAUGCUGUUACAUUAUGAUGACAUGAGAGAGAGAGACACAAAAGUUUUGCUUCACCCUAUAGAAUAAUGUUAUGUUAACAUAUUGCAUUAC